AUGACUCAAAGUAUGAGAUCGGACCGGCUAGCCAGAUAUUUUAGAGCUGUCCUUCAUGGAACGCAGAAGGUCCAGGAUCUCAGUAGCUUCAAGCGGCUCAUCGCAGCCAUUCUCGACCAGAAAGAUCCCUGCGGUACGGUUGAGCAACUCAUCCUGAGCCCAAGCGCCCUCAGUGCUCUUCAGAUCGGAUUGAGGUUCAACCUCACACCCGCCUUCAUCAACGGAUAUACUGCGAAGUUCAUCCUGUUCUUGAAUUAUCCGGGGGUGAAGCUCAUUGGUAACGGCCUUUUUCUCGAAAAACUUCUCCUUACUAUUUCGGAGCCCCGCACCCUUUGGAGUUCGCUUGUGGAAGCAUUCUGUGCCCGAAAGCUAGAUAACGAUGCAACCCAGGCCCUUUGUUGGCUGACCAUAGAGCUACUGUCAUUGCCCACUUCGUCCGCCGUGGACAUCAGAGCUGAUGCCCAGGCCAUUGUGGAUACCGGUUUGCUUUCGUCUUCGACUUUGGUUUGUUUGAAAAAUCAAGCGCAUAAGAUCAACUACCUCCUGGAUAUGAAGGCCUCUGCAACUGCUCUAGCCGCCCCAGGAAACAAAGCCGGCGGUCGGCAUGACAACGACUUUCAUGAUUUCCGCUUGACAGCCAUCUUGCCCACCGCCGAUGAGAUGGGUUGUACCGAAAAACCCUUUUAUCGGAACGCGCACGAAAUUACACUUCUAUCCGGCAGUCAGCGCAUUGCUGGCCAUGUAGACAAUCAGUUUCGUCUUUUGCGGGAUGACAUGCUCUCGGGGCUCCGUGAUGAUUUCCAAGUCGCAAAAGGCACAAAAAAGGGGCGCCGGCCUGCCUUCCGUAUAUGCAAUCUCUCUCUCGCUCGUGUUUGUUGCAGCUCGAGCGAUCAAAAGUAUCUUCGGCCAUGCACCCUAGGCAUUACCGCCGAGUCAGGGCUUGAGAAACUCAGGAAGCUUCCAAAAGAAAAACGAAAAGCUUUCCUCAAAGACACCCCAUACUUCGUUAAGCACCGUGGGUUUGGAUGCUUGAUUCGAAACACUGAAAUCGUGGCUUUUGCUUCAAUCGAAAGAGAUAUUGAUGCCCUGGUGUCAGAUCCACCUAUAGUCAUGCUGCGAAUUGUUGGCGAGGAUGCACUGAAGAAGUCUCUCCUUUCCCUCAAACUUUACAACGAUGUGGACUUCUUGAUGGUUGACACGCCAAUAUUUGCUUAUGAGCCUAUAUUGACAUGUCUACAGGAAAGAGUCGAUUUUCCUCUCACGGAAGAGCUUUUCCUUUAUGAAAAAGAGCAGCCGGUGAAGGAAUCAAGCCUGACUCCUUGGGGCGUGGUCAAUGAGUUAAAGAAAAUGCACAAGCGCAAUAUCCAAAACAUCCUCCAAACCCCCCGACCCAUCACAUUGGAUCCAUCCCAGCUCGAGUCUCUGCUGGCAGGAUUGACGCAGAGAGUCAGUCUAAUUCAAGGGCCUCCAGGGACUGGAAAAUCAUUCAUAGGUGCCAUUCUUUCCAAAAUCCUGCAUGAUCAAACCCAAGACAAAAUAAUGGUUAUGUGCUACACCAAUCACGCUUUAGAUCAGUUUCUGGAAGACUUGCUGGACAUCGGAAUAGAUCCCUCGGCCAUUGUUCGAUUGGGCCUCAAGUCGACCCCAAGAACUAUGCCGCUGGGCCUAAAGGAACAAAGCACAGCCUUCAAAAGACCCCAAUCCACCUGGAAUCUUAUUAACAAGCUCAAGAGCGAGGGAUCGGAACAAGGCGACAACUUGAAGACAUCUUUCAGAGAGUACCAGCAGCUAGCAGUCGAUGCUGCAUCUAUCCUGGAUUAUCUGGAAUUUGAGGAGCCCGGAUACUUUGAAGCGUUAACCAUCCCCGAGAACGUGCACGGAAUGAUUUUGGCGGAUAAACGUGGAAAGGCAGCCAAGAAAGGCUAUCUUUAUGACCGAUGGAUGAAAGGAAAAGGUCCGAAGCACUUUUCUGACUUGAUUCCUGACCACUGUCACGGCCCAUGGGCACUACAGCAACACGCGCGAAAUGAGAAGGUCCAAUCCUGGAAACGAGCUUUACUUGAUGAGCAAGCUGCGUCUCUGGCUGUCAAAAUGACAUUAUUUGACAAAUGCCAGAAAAGGCUGAGCGCUUUCCUGGGUGAGAAGACCCGGACCAUCCUGAAAGGGAAGCGAAUCAUUGGCUGUACAACAACGGCUGCCGCCAUGUAUUCCGAAGAUCUCCAACAUGCGUCUCCUGGGAUCGUACUUCUUGAAGAAGCAGGUGAAAUUUUGGAAUCUCAUGUCCUCACAGCAAUAUCGCCAGAAACCAAGCAUUUGAUCUUGAUCGGAGAUCAUCUGCAGCUUCGACCGAAGAUCAACAGCUACAAUUUAAGUGCUGAAAAAGGAGACGGCUAUGACCUGAAUAUAUCUUUGUUCGAGAGACUCAUACGUGCCGGAUAUCCACAUACUACAUUGCUGAAGCAACACCGCAUGUGUCCUGAAAUAUCAAGUCUCGUCCGAAGUCUUACGUAUCCUGGAUUGGAAGAUGAUGAGAAAACCAAGUCCCGUCCCGAGCCACGAGGUCUACGAGACCGGGUGAUAUUCUUCAACCAUUCCAAUCUCGAAGCAAACUUCACAGAAAUAUCUGAUCGCCGAGAUGAAGGAUCGAAACAAUCCAAGCAGAACAUUUCCGAGGCGAAAGUUGUUUUGAAAAUUGUGAAGUAUCUUGGCCAGCAAGGGUAUGGAACAGAUAAGCUUGUCGUUCUAACGCCUUAUCUUGGCCAGCUCUUACUUCUGAAGGAGAUAUUGAGCAAAAAGAAUGAUCCUGUGUUGAACGAUCUUGACUCCUACGAUCUUGUGCGAGCAGGGCUCUUAUCGCAGGCGGGCGCAAAUUACUCCAAGCGUCAGCUGAAGCUUUCGACUAUUGACAAUUAUCAAGGUGAAGAGAGCGAUAUUGUAAUAGCAUCACUUACUCGAAGCAACGAAACCGGUGACAUAGGAUUCAUGGCUGCCCCUGAGCGACUGAAUGUUCUACUUUCUCGUGCUCGAAACGUUCUGAUACUGGUGGGAAAUUCGGAGACAUUCGUGUCUAGCCGAAAAGGACAAAGGGUUUGGAAGCCACUUAUCGACCAGCUAAAGCUCAAUGGGCACCUAUACGAUGGAUUGCCAGUGCGAUGUGAGAAUCACCCUGCAAAGAACGCAAUUCUUCAAAACCCAGAGGAUUUCGACCGUGAGACCCCAGAUGGAGGAUGCUCUGCACCGUGUGGUGUAAAACUCAACUGCGGACUUCACGAUUGCCAGUCCAAAUGCCAUCAGCUUGUGGACCACUCCAAAAUGACAUGCACAAGAAUCGUGAAAUGGAAAUGCCCACGCGGUCAUUUUUCAUCGCUCCCGUGUGCCCAGGUUAAAGGCUCAUGUCGCUUCUGCACUCAAGAAGAUCUUAUAAAAGAGCGAAAGCGUGAGCGUGACCUCAAACUAGAAGCAGAACGGCAGAGACGGCAGGCUACCUAUGCCCAGCAGCUCGCAGAAGCCCAACACGAAGUAUCCCAUUUGAGGCGUCUGCGACACGAUGAGCUUGAUGACGCAGAGCGCACUAGGAUUCUUGAACAACAUUACCAGGAAAUUCAGGAUUUGAAGAAUCCUCUUACAAUCCCACAAAUUGAAACCGAGCACAAGGGUGCCAGAGAUGUAGUAGCCAGCUCGAUUCCUUCCAGAAGCGCUGCUGGAGAGGACAAGGUGAAGGAAACUCGAAGUUGCAAGCUUGAGCCCAGUGCUACACCAACGCCUCGACAAGCGAUGCCGACUCAAAAGUCCUCCAAAGCUAAGAAUGACUGGGAUUAUCGAAAGAAAUAUCUCAAUUCCCAAAGCCUAGAAAUUGACACGUUGAUGGACAUGGUCGGGCUAGAGUCAGUGAAAGAGAAGUUUCUAGCCAUACAAUCCAAAGUCGACCUUUCAGUCCGGCAGAAGGUCGAUUUGAGUCGGGAACGAUUUGGGUCUGUGCUGCUUGGGAACCCUGGAACAGGCAAAACAACGGUAGCCCGCCUCUAUGCCAAAUUUUUGGCAGCGGUAGGGGUCAUUCCUGGCCAUGUAUUUAUCGAAACGACUGGGUCCAGACUGGCGAAUGAUGGUGUCUCGGGAUGUGAGAAAAUCAUCGAAAAGCUCCUCAAGGAUGGUGGAGGGGCUAUUUUUAUCGACGAAGCCUACCAACUCGUUCAGGGUAGUAGCGUUGGGGGGAGCCAGGUCGUCGACUUCCUUCUUGCUGAGGCUGAGAAUCUCACUGGGAAAAUCGUCUUCAUACUUGCCGGAUAUCAGCGACCGAUGGAAAAGUUUUUCAGUUACAAUCCUGGACUUCCCAGUCGCUUUCCACAUGAGCUGCAAUUUGACGACUUUGACGACACGGAGUUGAUGCAAAUCUUGCAGAGUUGGAUUGAAAAGACAUACAACAAGCAAAUGAAAGUUGACGGUGGCCUUGGGGGUCUCUACUGCCGCAUUGUCGCUAGCCGAAUAGGACGCGGACGCGGACGUGAGGGUUUCGCAAAUGCAAGAGCUGUUGAGAAUGCUAUGGCAAAGAUUUCUGAGAGACAGUCCGAGCGGCUGGCCCAGCAGAGGCGGCAAUGUGUCUCGCGAGUUGACGACUUUUUCUUGGAUGGGCAGGAUAUCAUUGGCCCCGACCCAUCACAAGCACUAAAAUCAUCCAAAGCAUGGCAAAGACUGCAAGAUAUGAUCGGACUGGGUACUGUGAAAAAGACACUCGAAGCUCUUGUGAACACACUGCAGUUCAACUAUCGACGUGAGCUUGAUGAACAACCCCUGGUAGAGUACAGUCUUAAUCGUGUCUUCCUUGGGAAUCCCGGAACCGGAAAAACGUCAAUCGCAAAGAUCUAUGGGCAGAUACUCGUUGAUAUCGGGUUUCUAUCCUGUGGUGAAGUGGUCGUGAAGAAUCCGUCUGAUUUUGUGGACAGCGUCAUAGGAGGGUCCGAGAAAAACACGAAAGGAAUUCUCGCUGCUACAUUAGGAAAGGUUCUCGUCAUUGACGAAGCCUACGGUCUCUUUGCUGGAGGAACAUCGGAUGGCACAGGAGCCAGAAGUGACCAAUUCAGAAGUGCUGUUGUUGAUACCAUCGUGGCUGAGGUACAGAGCACACCCGGAGAUGACAGAUGUGUCCUCCUCCUGGGUUACAAAGACCACAUGCAGCAAAUGUUCCAAAAUGUCAACCCUGGCCUCAGCCGACGCUUUCCCAUGGACCAGGCAUUUGUCUUUGAAGAUUUCACCAAGCAAGAGCUGGAUCUUAUUCUGGAUCUUAAACUUAAAGAACAGGGGUAUAGUGUUACCGACCGUGCUCGGCGAGUGGUCUCGGAGAUGUUAGAACUAGCUCGAAAUCGAUCUCACUUUGGAAAUGCCGGCGAGAUUGAUAUUUUGCUCGACACAGCAAAGAUGCACCACCAAAAGAGGCUUUCUUCGGGUGGAUCCAUCACCCAAGCCUUCGACGCCGUCCUGGACGCAGCUGACUUUGAUGAGAACUUUGAUCGCGCGGACAAGGAUGAAGCGAGCGUUUUAAAAUUGUUUGAGGGGGUUGUGGGAUGUGAAAACAUCGUUUCCAAGUUAGAAGGGUAUCAGCAGAUGGUGAGGAGUCUCAGGCAGCUGAAUAUGGACCCUAGGGGGAGAUUGCCUUUCAACUUCGUCUUUCGAGGACCUCCAGGAACUGGUAAAACAACUACAGCCAGAAAGAUGGGGCGAGUAUAUUACGAUAUGGGUCUGUUGGCUUCGGACGAGGUGGUCGACGUAUCAGCAACGGACUUGGUUGGUCAGUACAUCGGGCACACCGGCCCAAAGACUCAAAAGCUACUGGAGAGCGCUCUUGGAAAAAUUCUCUUUAUAGACGAAGCAUAUCGUCUUACAGAAGGGCAUUUUGCUCAAGAGGCCAUGGACGAACUCGUGGACUGUAUCACGAAGCCCAAAUUUGCCAAAAGGUUGAUCAUAAUUCUGGCUGGCUAUGAUGCCGAUAUAAACCGACUCAUGUCAAUGAACACUGGUCUAACCAGCCGCUUCCCUGAGUGUAUUCAGUUUGAACCUCUUUCACCGAGGGAGUGCAUCCAGUUGUUGGACGCACUACUAUCGAAAGAAAGAGACGAUAUUUUUGAGAAAGCACAGGUUGAAUUCGACAUUACUUGCCUGCAAAUACCGGACUCUCAAUUUACGAUGGAGAUUUCCCAGCGCGUCGAUGUGCUUUCACAAACAGCAAAAUGGGCCAAUGCACGAGAUGUUGAGACUUUGCAACAGACCAUUUUUGGGAGGACUCUAAAGUCAUUCAAGGCCUGCAAUGGAAAGAAGUUGCUAUUGAGCAAACAAGUAGUGAUUGAAGAACUUGACAAUAUGAUUCAAGAGCGUUCCAAGCGUGAAAACUGUUCGGUGCAGCGCCCCUCAAUUGGAAUCCAUCAGGGAGAGCCGAAGCUGUCCUUACAAUCGAGACCCAUGGAUCAACCUGUGACUAAAGUCGAUACCAAAGCUUCUCCUCAGGCGGGCCUGACAGCAGACGUCAAUCCAAAUACGGCCAUGAAACCAGAGACACAACAGCAACCCACUACCUCUGAUCGUGACCCUAAUGUCUCAAAUGAAGUCUGGGAUCAACUAAAAAAAGACAAAGCGGCAGCAGACGCCAGGGAAAUUGAGAAUUUGCGUGUGAUAAAAGAGAUUGAAGAGCUGAAUAAUAAAGUCCUGAAACUCAAAGAAGAAGAGGAACAAGCGGCAAAAGAAGCUGAAAAAGCAAAUGCGGAUGAGGCUUUAAGAAGACAUCAUGAGAAAGCUCGAUUACUGCAUGAAUUGGAACGAAGGAGAAAGGAGGAGAUUGCCAGAGAGCUAGAAAAGCAGCGUGAAGCUUUGGCUGACGCUCGUCGCAAGGAUCAGGCUAGCCAGGAGAAGCUCAAGGCAAUGGGCGUUUGUCCUGUGGGAUAUCGAUGGAUCAAACAAAAUGCAGGGUAUCGAUGCGCUGGUGGCAGCCAUUAUGUUUCCGAUGCUCAACUUCAGUGA